AUGGCGAGCAACGACCUCCGCGCCCAAGGCAACGACGCGUUCGAGGCCAAGCGCUACGACGAAGCCGAGGCGCUGUACGCCAAAGCAAUUCUGCAAGACCCGCGCCAACACGCGCUCUUUGGCAACCGGUCGGCCGCCCGCUUCCACCUGCAAAAGUUUGACGACGCCUUGCGCGACGCCGAAGCAGCCAUUGCGCUCGAUCCGCAGUGGGCCAAGGGGUAUUUUCGGCAAGGCCAAGCGCUCGAGGCGUUGGGCCAUGUCCGCCGCGCGCAAACCGCGUACGAGCACGCUGCCAAGCUCGGCAGUAAGACGCGCGAGGUGCAAGCCAAGAUUGCGUCGACAAAAAAGCUCGCCGACAAGAUUGACCGCGAGAAAACGAUUCGGACGCGGGAUGAGUGGACGCAAGUGUACGCGCACUUGUCGGACACCAAGAUGCGCCUCGGUCUCCUCGUGCUCUUUUGGAACCAGUCGAGCAAGCCGGAACGGUUUGCGUUCUUCAUGCGGUUCCUCGAGCUCCUUGCGGGGGCCAGUGCCCCGAGCCGUAUCUCGAAGUAUUCGUCCAAUGACAUGGAGCCUAUCCCGGCUGUCAACUACGAAGAGCUUUCGAUUCCCACGCCCUGGACGACGUAUUUCGAGCGUCUGGACCUUGCCAAGAAGGCGGAAAUGAUGCAAGACAUGUACCUUCUCGCGACGCCGUCCGAGCAAACCACGAUUGUCAACGACAUGAAGUACCUCAUGCACGAGCUCUCUGGUCGAGUCCAGAGCAACGAUAGAGACGACGACGACGACAAUGAAAUGUAA